GCGGGUCACCUUGGGCCGCUGUUGGGGGGCCCUGGCCAGGCGGUGGGGCCUCACACCCAGGCUGCGAUAGGAUGAGGCUGGGUGAAGUGGGGCCAGCAGUGUAAACAUUAACCGGGGCUGUCGCAGCCUGCUUGUGCCUGCAGCCUUGUCACAGGCCUCAGUGACACAGCAGCAUGGCCACAGCAAACGACAGGGCUGUCCUGCAGACCAUCUUUAACCCCAGCACCCCUUUUGGGGAUAUCCCAGGGUUGGAUGAAGAGGAAGAGGAUGUCCAGGAUGAAGUGGAAGCUUUUCCGCUGGAGCUGCUGGAUCAAGUCCGGGAGCUGGAGCUGCAGGGGGUUUCUGCGGCUGAGUCAGGAGAUGUAAGCACGGCCCUGGAGCGGUUCAGUGAGGCCAUUCGCCUGCUGCCUGAGCGCGCCUCGGGCUACAAUAACCGAGCCCAAGCCCUACGCCUGCGCGGGGACGUGGCAGGUGAGCAGCGCUGGUGCGGGUGGUCUCCUGGUAGCCCCAGCCCCCGCCAAUGCUUCCCCUCGUUGCCAGGUGCCCUGCAGGACCUGGACGCUGCCAUACGCCUGAGCCGCGGCUGCGGCCGUGCCGCCUGCCAGAGCUUCGUGCAGCGCGGCCUCAUCCACCGGCUGCAGGCGCGGGACGAGGAUGCCCGGCGGGACUUCGAGCGCGCAGCGCGCUUGGGCAGCGCCUUCGCCCGGCAGCAGCUCGUGCUUCUCAACCCCUACUCUGCGCUCUGCAACCAGAUGCUCUGCGAGAUGCUCAGCCGGCUGCGCAACCCCGAUGGCACUGGAAGCGACUGAGACGGGCAGGAGA